CACGGGGCCGGGAAAUAAAAUUAGAUUUUUUUAGUUGAAGUACCGCCCCCCUCCCCACAUAUUGACGUUUUUGCUCGGAAGUAAGAAAGUAAACUCAAGGAAAAGCUGUAGAAAUGGCUACUGGAAACUACGAACAGUAUCUGAAGAACUGUUUGGCCAAGUACAAAAACAAGGAUGUCACAAAGAGAGAAGUGCUUCAAGUCUUCACUAGCUAUUCUGAUCUGAAGCCUAAUCUGCAACCACACAUUUUCAAUGAUGGCAGCAGAAAAGACUUGCUGACUCUGGAAGGAACCAUCCCAGUACAGUACAGGGGUACGACCUACAAUAUCCCGGUGUGUAUGUACCUGAUGGAAACCCACCCCUUCAACCCACCCCUGUGCUAUGUCCGACCCACUGCAACCAUGGAGAUUAAAACAGGCAAACAUGUGGACAGCAGCGGGAGAGUCUACCUGCCCUACCUACACGAGUGGAAACAUCCCAAGUCAGACCUGAUUGGUCUGAUUGAGGUGAUGAGGAUUGUGUUUGGGGAGGAGCCUCCUGUGUUCGCUAAGUCAGCCGCCUCCCACAGCCAGCAGCCUGCUCAUCAACCCUACCCUAUGGCAGCGGGCCAAACACCCUACCCUGUGGGACCCCCUGGAGGUGGUUACUCCAUGCCGAUGCCAUCCAUGCCUGGGGGGUCCACCAGUACCCCCUACCCUUCCUACCCCCCCAGCACCGGGGGGUACCAGCCGCCGAGUGCGGGAUAUCCCGCCGGGCCGUCCUCGUAUCCAACGGCAACCACCGCGGGUUAUCCAGGGUCGCAGCAUCGGGCCUCGAUCUCAGAAGACACCAUCAGAGCCUCGCUGCUAUCAGCUGUUAACGAUAAACUGCGCCGAAGGAUGAGGGAAACAUUUCAACAGGCUCAGGCUGAAAUGGAUGCCCUUAAGAGGACAGAGGAUGACCUUAAGAAGGGGCAGAGACAGCUGGAUGAGAUGAUUCAGAAACUGGGCACAGAAUGCGUUGAAGUGGACAAGAAUGUUCAGUUACUGAAACAGAAGGAUGAAGAGAUAAAGGAAGUCAUUGCAAAGAUGGAGAGCCAGUCAGAGAGUGUGGAUAUAGAUGAAGCUGUGGUCACCACAGCACCAUUAUACAAACAGCUGGUGAACCUGUUUGCUGAGGAAAAUGCCAUUGAAGACACCAUCUAUUACCUGGGAGAGGCCCUCAGGAAGGGGGUCAUCGACCUAGAGGUCUUUCUGAAGCAUGUUCGUGAGCUAUCCAGAAAGCAGUACAUGUGCCGGGCGCUCAUCCAGAAGGCUCGGAAGACAGCAGGACUUGGGGAAGUCGUCGGACACUGAGAGACACCAGGGUUCUUAGAUCUGAUUCCUUCAGCAAGUAACCAAGAUUUAUAAUGAGAAAAAUGUUCUUGUUCAGUUCUGUUCGGUUCAGUUCUUUGUUCAGUUUGUUUGUAAAUACAAUGUAGAUCAACAUAUUCCUCUAUCAUAUUUAAUGAUCCUGCUAACUAAUGUAGAAGGGGUGUAUAAAGAUAUAAUAUGGGUCUUAUGAAUUGAAUCAACUUUCAAAUCAUUUAUAUAUAGUUAUCAAUGUUUUUGUGAUAUUAAAAAGCACUAUCCUCCAAAUGCAGAAAGGACUAAUAAAGUAUAGAGGCUUUUUCCUGACGCCAUAAUAAUUGUGAUUUGAAUUCCCGGUGACUAUGUUGGCAGGUAAGUGUAUUAUAGCAGCAGCAUGUUGGUGUGUUUAACAGAGAUACACUGUAUAAUCCAACAUGGCACCAGUGAUGUAUAGUGUUGAAAGAGACAAUAUUCUGCAAGCUGAUGACAU